GACGAUGCGGCAAGACGAUUGGCUAAUUGGUUAUCAUUAAUGAACAGCAACCACCAAAUGUUCUUUAUUCCUUGGAAUAUCGGGAUGCAUUGGACGCUAGUGGUGGUUGCGCCAAAGAAAAUUAUCCAUUUAAACCCUCUAAAAGGCCGCCCAAUUCCCGAAGAAAUAGAACAAAUGAUCGGAAGGGCAUUCAUGUAUAUAGGGGACGCACAUCAGUAUCUUGGCCCGUGGCAAGGAAUUGCACAAGCAAACUGUCCAAGACAACCUAAAAGCCAAGAAUGCGGUUUUUAUGUUUUGAAAUAUAUGACUGACAUCGUCGCACGUGCCAACCCCAACCGUUACAUAGAAGAUCAAAAAGCUUUUGGGGGUAAGAAGCAAUACGAUCCAAAAACAGAAAUUUUACCACUACAGCGAAAGUGGAUCGAACAAUUGAUGGCGGUGAUUCACGGUGACGAUUGAGGUUCAAAGGUCGAAGAAUUUUUCUUCAUUAUGUAAUUUUUAUAGAUUAACUUGUAAUUAGAUUUAUUAACUUAUUAAUAUUUUUAACUAAUUUUACAUGUUUGUGUAAUAUUUAAUUAUUUUUAUGAAAUCAAAUUAUGUUUU